AGGUCACGUGGAUACAUUUGGGUUCCAUCAUAUCUUGCUGAGUAACGUUAGCUAGUCUUUUCCGGCUGUCCAACUUUUUACUUUACCUCCUGCAAAAUGUCCAAACUACAGUUGUUGAAUGUGUUUCUUACCAAGCGACUAACCGCGGCUGCUGUGGAGAUAUAUGUGGAAGUGGAAAAAACCAUAACAGAAUACGAUAACGAAAUUUCCAGUUCGAAGGAGGAGAUCAAGCGUUUACGGCGGCUACUGGAUUUGGUUUUCAAUCCCGAGAUAAAAUUACAUCGAGCAGGCAAUAUAGACUUGUGGCUUACAGAGUGGUCUUGGAAUGGGAAUUGAAAAGCGAACGACUUGGAUGUGGUUAGAGACGAGUGUUACCCAGUUGUGUUGUCACCAUCCGCAACAAGUACCCCUCACCCACCGGUGUCUACACUGGAUUCAAGGAGGCAGAUAAGUGCUUUCAGUAUCCUUUUGAACAACCUUCCACCGAUGGCUCAUUACCUUUUCCUCCCCUUUCUAUUCUCCUUUUUUGCAUGAAUUAUUUUUUAGUUUAUUCUGCAAUUCUACUUUACGCUGCAAAUAUGUAGAAAAUCAAAUAGUCCUUACAAUACAUGUAACAUAGCCUUGAAAAAUCCCCACUUGAGGUUUCUUGUGACAAAAAAAAAGACUAUGCCAAAUCAGUAAUUUAUACAUAUAAGUUAAAGCAUUAUCGGUAACUGUUUUGAUCAGCAGUAUUAUUUCUGUUAACUAUGUAUAAAAAAUAUUUGUCAUUGCACUUGCCUGGGUGGUAAGGGUAACGCACAGUAGAUCCCUGAGGUGGAACGCGUUGUGCGUGGGUUUGCCUGCUGUGGACUGGAGAGCAGCAAUCUCAGUUCUGUGAUAUCUACAGAUUCUGAUGCAGUUGUUCCAUGGGUUCCAGGUUUGGCUUUUGCUAGGUGAGUUGUUGAUUUUGGUAAACUGGAUAUCUCAGCAGCCAUGGGCAACCCACUAAUUUCUGUGCUGCCACUGACAUGAGCCUGCAUAUCAUGGAUAAAUAGAACUGGAUCCACCCUAUCCAGGAUCCCAUACUAUGUUUUCUACACAUUAGCCUACCCAAUAAUAGAACCAUGGCAUUACUCAUUACAGUGGCUUUGUGUCUACCUCCAGCUCAUGUUCAAUUUAGGGGUGUUUUCACAUUUGAAAUUCUGUUCCAGGGAGCAUUUGUGACAUUUUAUACAGAAAAUGUUGUGCUUUCACAAGACCUAUACAUAACUGUUUCAGGAUGUGAUGUGAGACGCACAUUCUACAUGUAAGCUAGCUAGAUAGCUAGCUUGUUUACAUCAGACAAAAAAAAAGUUCCACGUGACUCACCUGGGUAUGAUAUUGUGUUUCACUCAUGCUUUGUAGACCUAGCCAAUCAAACAAAAGCUACAGGGUCUGAAUCCUACAGGGGAUAUGUGAAAACUGCCUACGUAAUCUAACGUUGGCAAAUUGUGUUUGAGAAUGAUAUAACAAUAUUAGCGAAGCACAACAUGAAAAUAGCUAGAUGUUUACUUUAUAUAAAAACACUUGUGAGGCUGGCUAGGUAUAAAGCAAACUUUUAGCUGACAAACUAAAUAACAGAUUCAGUGUCCCCCCUUUCGUCAGUGAUGCUACUUUAGUUGCUAGCUAACGUUAUAGCAUAUCUCAUCUACAUUUCUGCUGGUCCUAGUCAGGCGCAGCGACAUCCUUCAAUGGUUGGUAUAGCUGUUUUCUUAGUGUGUUUUUACCAAUUUUUCUUGUUGGUGGUUUACAGAAGUCAUCAUCAGAGAAGGGCUCGCUACAAACAAGUAGGGCCAACGCAUAAAUUCUGUGGAUGGGAGUGUUUGUGUCUUUGCAUAACAACUAGCCAAAGCCUCAGUAAUUCUGGGUCUCCCAAAGGAAACCUACAUCAGCUCUAUCUCCCAGAUGAGGUUUCUCCUGAGCAGCAGCACUGUGAGCAGGAGUGGAGCCCCAGUCUGAAGCAAGAGGACCCAGAGCCCUCACAGAUUAAAGAGGAACAUGAAGUCUGGACUAGUCAGGGGGGAGAACAGCUUAAAGAGCUAGAGUCUGAUACCAAGGAGUUCAUAUUCACUCCCUCUGUGGAAAAUCUGGAACCACCUCAGACCUCACAUCUUUUCCAAAUGCAAAUUGUGGUCUCACCCACCAGUACAACUGAAGAGAUCAAGAUGAAACCAUGUCACAUUGGUGAAAACUCUUCUUGUCAUGUUUGUGGUAAAUGUUUUGACUGUAAAUCUGGUCUGGAAAGGCAUAUGAGGGCUCAUACUGGCGAAAAACCUUAUUGCUGCAGUGAAUGUGGCAAAUGCUAUAGUCAGAUAGGAAAUCUGAAAGUGCAUAUGAGGGGGCACACAGGGGAGCGAUCAUACAGAUGCUUUUUGUGUGGAGAAUACUUCAUCACAGCAUCCCAAUUAAAAUCACAUAAAAUCACUCACACGCAGGGGAGUAAUAUAAUCCCGGGGACAUCCAAAAGCAAAUCUCGUUUGUAUGCUGGUAACAGUCGUGAGACUAGGGAGGGACCGUAUCAGUGCAAGGAAUGUGUUAAAUCCUUCAGGCAGAAGAGGAACCUGUUACGGCAUAUGAGAAAUCACACAGGAGCAAUUAAUGCAGCAAAUGCUUCAACUGGAGUGGAACAUUUUUUUAUUACAUGAUUUACACAGAGGAGAAAAUGUAUUUUGUGUCCUAAUGCUCCAGCAACGAAUUCAAACAAGUGAAAUCUACAUCAGUGCAAGGACUUCAGAAAAUGGUUUAGAAUGUUUGGAUUCGGAUAUCUUGAAAAUUAAAGGAGAAGGAAACAUGAACGUGUCAUUUGGAUCAGUAGGAGUUGACUAAUGGACUUGUAGAACAUCAAAUUAUUUCAUUACAUUAUCACAUUUGUUGUUUUUGGCAAAGAUAUUUAGGAUUUGUAAGCAGUCUCAAACUUUUAUGAAUAAAAGUUGUACAGCUGUAUUCUAGAAUAUGGUGUGUUAAAAUUGACCAUUGAAUCUAACAUUUUGAACCUGGGGAGGAUCACAUUCCCAGUCAAUCCCCAUCUAAAAUGAUAAUGCGUUUCUGCAAACUCUAUUAUCCUCUGCAGGUUGCGAGGCAGAUGUUUUUACAGAUGCUCUUAAACAUGACCGGCAUACAACAGUCUUUUCUGGGACAAAUAUUACUGUGUUAAAAGCAAAUGUAUAUUUUAUUAAAGAUGUGUUUUAAAUGGA